AUGGAACGUCUACCAGGACUCAUCAAGAGCAAUGGACAAUGGAAUGAAGAUCACAAUUAUGUGAACUAUGUGGCUAGUGGAGAAUUCAUACCAACAAAAUGCAAGUACGAAGAGCUACUGCAAAUACUGCUUACUUCAUUAGGGUGCGAAAACAACAGCACAACACUACAAAUACAGUACCAAGCUAAAGAAGGAAUACCACCGAUCAAAAUAUGCAACGAUCGAAGCCUCUACUUUUACUUGGAAUUGAAAAUGAAGGAAACAGAUUUCACGACAUAUCCACUAUGUGUCAACCAGCAAAAUAACAACACAACACCUGCUGCAACACCAAAUUCGAUAUCCACAACAACACCGUAUGAAUAUAAUGUGGCAAUGAUCGAAAACAACACAACAACGCUUGAAAACAACAUAACAACAAUAGAAUCAUACACAACGGGACAACAAACAGAAGAAGGGGAACAGUCAGAAACAAUAGAAGAUGAGGACGACAAAUUCGACAUAAUUGACUAUGCAAAUCUGGUUGCUGAAGAAAUGGUAGAAAAACUUGAAAACACCAGUAAAAAACUGGAUCCAGAAAUCGACAUCAACAAUGCAAAGUUAAUAACAGACAAGCAACACCCCGAAGUGGAAAAAGGACAGGCAUACAAAGACAAAGAAACUCUAAAGAAUGUCCUCAGCUACUACGCAAUCAAAAACAACUUUCAGUACAAAGUGUGGAAGUCCUGCUCUCAAGAGUACAGUCUGAAAUGUGUUUACGAAAGCUGCAAUUGCCUGAACAAAUGCCCUUUUUCCACACUUUGUACUGAAAUACACAUGUUUGAUCUCAGCAACAGGUUCUCAAAUAUGCACACAUGCCCCAUAAAUAUUAGGCAUGAAGACCAAAGGCAAGCAACAUCGAAACUGAUAGGGGAAUGCAUAAAACCGAAGUUCUUGAACAUAAAGACAAAGGCAACACCGAUGGACAUAAAAAGGGAGUUGAAAUACAGAUAUGGCAUCAAAAUGAACUAUAUGAAAGCUUGGAGAAGUAAGGAACAUGCAGUAAACGACUUGAGAGGUAAUGCUAGUGCCUCGUACAGCCUAAUACCGAGUUUCUUACACAUGGUGGAAAAAACAAACCUUGGAUCAUUUGUCGAUCUGAAAACGACAGAAGACAACAGCUUGCUCUUUGUUUUUAUGGCGUUGGAUGCAUCCAUAAAAGGGUGGGGAGCAUGCAGACCGAUAGUUGUUGUGGACGGAACGUUCCUCAAAGCAGCUUAUGGGGGAACUUUGUUGUGCGCAUGCACACAAGAUGCAGCAGGAAUGAAAGCCUCAUCAAAGCAGCAAGAGAAAUCUAUCCAGAAAUUACACACGAUUCUUUGCGGUUACCACAUUUUGAGCAUCCUUAAAACAAGCUUCAAACAACAUGCUGCCAAAUACAAUCUGCCAUUCUUUGGAGCAGUCAAAGCCUACACAGAAAAGCAAUUCGAGUUCCACAUGGCUGAAUUGGAUGGAUUGGACAAACGCAUAAGACCUUACCUAAAAAAAGUCGGUUAUGAAAAGUGGUCAAGAAUUCAUAGCCAAAACAAGAGGUAUUCUACAAUGACCUCAAACAUAUCAGAAUCACUGAACGCUGCAAAUUUGGCAGCAAGGGAGCUACCAAUUACAACGCUGCUAGAAUGCUUGAGAGCAUUGGUGCAACAAUGGACGCAUACUAAUAGGACAAAAGCACACAACACCUUCACUAAGCUAUCACCAACUGGAGAAGACAUACUGUUGAAAAAUUACACAUACUCAUUGAAUCUGGAGGUUAAAGCAACAACAGAUUACUUGUUUGAGGUAACAAGAAUGAAAGAAUCGUGGGAAGUAGACCUAGAAAAAAGAACAUGCACGUGCAACAGGUUCCAAAUAGAUGAAAUGCCAUGCGGGCACGCUGUGGCCGUGAUGAGGGAGAUGAACAUGGACCCGUACACCUACUGUUCAGAUUACUACACAAAAAAAAAAUUUGCUGGCAACUUAUUCAGGGAUAGUUUACCCAAUAGGACACCAAAGUGAGUGGGAGGUACCGGAAGAAGUGAAGAAUAUUAUAGUCUUGCCUCCACAUGAAAGAGUAAAAUCAGGAAGACCAAAAACAUUAAGAAGGAAGGCUGGAUGGGAAAAGGAUCAACACAACAAGUGCAGCAAAUGUGGUGAACUGGGGCAUAACAAAAGAACAUGCAACAGAAGACGUAGAAGGGAAUAAAAACAACAACAGAACAACAGUGGAAAAACAAAAGAAAACUACACAUACGUUUUGAGAAUGAGAUAUUGAGGAAUUUAAAUUUCUGAAAUACAAAGGGAAUACAGUUUUUAUUUGAAAAACAUUGAUUACAUUGGGAUUUGAUGAUACUUUAGAUUGGAUAUUA